UCUCCAUUCACCACCGUCUUCCCUACAAGCUACCAACUAUGCCCCUACAAUGCUCUAUUUCCUUCUGUGUGCUUCUCGCGCUCACAAAUGCUUAUACGGCAUCCUCCACAGCGCUUUAGGGCUUUCUCGAACCACAAACUCCCCAUCUAAACUAUAUCCCUCCGCCAUCCUUACCGAUGACCCCCGGCCUCCGAGAGUCCAAGUGGGCUCUGGGGCAGCCCAAGCGGCGCACUCCCGCCCAGCAGCUGAACGAGGACAAAGACAAAUCAUAUCGGCUUCUACGCCGUCUGUAUUGGAAAGCGGAGGGCCUCUUAUGUUCCUGGAAUCGGGCCCUUGAUGCCAUCAAGCGGCGCAGCAACGAACAGCACGACCACCCACACAGCACCAUUAUCGACUUUGCAUCAGUGGAAGAUGGAGCUAUGGUACAAUCCAUGUUCAAGGUUGACUUCUUCGAGUUCUACGUACUCCUGGAGAGGUACAUAGUCCUCUGCCUCGGAAUCUUAGGCGUCCGUGUCUCGCGGAAAGACUUGAACGCGGCCAAAGGUCCAUACUCUGGCGCGGCCCCAACGUUCGGCAUGCACCAAUUCCAUGCAAACCUUCUCGCAACACUAGACGAAAUCGAGUGUCCUCUGCACGCUGCACUGGGACAGCAGGAUGUUCGUAUCUACUUAGGCCGAGCGAAAGACUAUCGGAAUCGAUGGAAAGAUGCCGACGAGCUGGAUGGAGGACCCGAUGCCACGGAUGGUGAGGGUGGGAGAAUUGCACUAGAGGACUUGAAAUUGGGGAUAAUGUUGAAGACCAUCCUGGAAGGGCUGGAGAAAGCAAGCCUUGUGGUGAAAGACAGACAGCCUGGACAUACUGGAAUGCUAGUAUUGAAUGGAGAAGGUCCUGGACUGCAGGAGGUUGAAUAUGAAGCCAUGGAUAUGGAUGAUGCUCCUUGGGAGGCUGUGGGAGAUGCCAUGGAUGCCAUGGAUGCCAUGGACUGGGAAUGAAUAUGUACUUCACAUACGGCGCAAUUGGAUUGUGACAUACAGCCCAAGAUCCAGGCCGCGCCGUAGACAUUUGCGCGAUAUUUACACAUAUUCCUUGUCUCGUCCAGCCUCACUCAGCGAUCUACAACAGUAGCAUUGCUAUUCCUUCUCCAUGACGCCUUCCAGUUAUAAGAUUAUUUG